AUGACAGAUUUUAGACCAAAAAGUACAGAGGAUCAAGAUGGUUUGGCAAAGUUCAAGGACGAAAAUGGGAAUUUCAAUCAAGAACUUGCAAAAGACAUAAAAGGGUUGAUGAGUCUAUUUGAAGCAUCUCAAUUUAGCACAAUAAGUGACUACAUCCUUGAUGACGCAAAUAAAUUUAGUCGCAAACUAUUGAAGGCCUCGUUGAAGAAUGUUGAACAAUACGAGGGUAUGGUAAUAGGAAACACACUUCGUUAUCCAUAUCAUAAAAGCUUGCCAAGAGUAAUGGCCAAAAAGUUUCUUCCUUAUUUCAAAUCGUCCAUAAUGUUUCUCCACGAUUCCAAUCAUAUCAACGAUUGGAUAAUCAAGGUACAUGAUCUAGCAAGAAUCGACAUCAACUUGGCACAAAUCUCACAACAAUUGGAAAUACUCAAAUUUCGAGAUGGGUAAACGAGCUUAAUUUGGACGAGGAAUUGCACUUUGCAAGAAUUGAGCCAUUUAAGUGGUGUAUGUGGUCAAUGGGAAUUCUUCCUGUGCUAGAUAUGUUCGAAGAGAGAUUAGAGCUUGCAAAAGCAGUAUCAUUUAGCUACAUGAUUGAUGACAUAUUUGAUGCUUAUGGAACGUACGAUGAGCUCUGUCUAUUCACAGACGCCAUUAACAGGUACUCUAUAUGCAUGAA